AUGGAAGAGAAAAUUAGACUAGCUACUCAUAAUAUUAUAAUUUUGGUAAUACAUGAUGAGUGUAUUUUCUCAGUGUAUAAUAAAAGACAUUGGUUAAAAAUGCCAAAAGGGAAGCAGCCACUUUGCAAAAAAAAUCAAGAAAGAUCUGUUCAUAAAAGUGAAUUUCUCACUGAUGUUGGUGGACAUUUAAUAUUAUAUAAAGAAAACAAAUUUUCAGGUACAAAAGCUCUUUUUGUAUUUGAUAAUGCAACUAGUCAUUGCAUAUAUGCUGAAGAUGCUCUUUUGGCAAAAAAUAUAAAUUUAUCUCCUGAUGACAAACAGCCCAAAAUGAG